CGCGCCGCCGCUGGCUUUGCUUGCUUGUCAGAAUUGAGGUAGGAGCCAUGACGACCGCCCUCGAGUUCAUGCCCGCCGACAAGAUCGCCGCCCCUCGCGCGUGGCCUGCGGCGGACAACGCCACCAGCAACAAUGCCGCCGCUCCCGCGGCCGCGGCCACGGGCGCCGCCGCCGCCGGCAGGAGGAGGCUGGAGGGGAAGGUGGCCAUCGUGACGGGCGGCGCGCGCGGGAUCGGGGAGGCCAUCGUGCGCGUCUUCGUCCGCCACGGCGCCCGCGUCCUCAUCGCCGACAUCGACGACGCCGCCGGCCAGGCCCUCGCGUCCUCCCUCAUCGGCACCGGAGAAGAAGCCGGAGCCGAAUCCCUUGCCUGCUGCAGCUUCGUGCACUGCGACGUGUCCUGCGAGGCCGACGUGGAGCGCGCCGUGGGGCUUGCCCUGGCCGCGCACGGCCGCCUCGACGUGCUCUGCAACAACGCCGGCGUCCUCGGCGGCCAGGGCACGGGCUCCCCCAACAACAACACCAACAGCAUCGCGUCCCUGGACGCGGCCGAGUUUGACCGCGUGCUCCGCGUGAACGCGCUCGGCGCCGCGCUCGGCAUGAAGCACGCGGCCCGUGCCAUGCUCCAGGGCAACGGCAACGGCCAUGGCGGAAGCAUCGUGUCGGUGGCGAGCGUGGCGGGGGUGCUGGGCGGCAUGGGCCCGCACGCGUACACGGCGUCCAAGCACGCGCUGCUGGGGCUCACCAAGAACGCGGCGUGCGAGCUCGGGAAGCACGGCAUCCGGGUCAACUGCGUCUCCCCCUUCGGCGUCGCCACCAGCAUGCUCGUCAACGCCUGGAGGGACCGCACCGCCGGCGCCGGGGACGAAGACGACGAGGGCAUCGUGAUGAGCGGCGCGCGGUGGGCGUCGGAGGUGGAGAAGACGGAGGAGAUGCUGCGCGGGAUGGCGACUCUCAAAGGGCCGACGCUGAGGGAGGCGGACGUGGCGGAGGCGGCGCUCUUCCUGGCCAGCGACGAGUCCAGCUACGUCUCCGGGCACAACCUCGUCGUCGACGGCGGCGUCACCACCUCCAGGAACGUCAUCGGACUCUGAAUCUCAACGGAUUAAUCCCGGUUAAUUUCAUUCCGAGCAGAAUACAAUGGUCCUGUGCCUGCGGCCUGUCCGUGUAUACUUGAUUAAAAUUACCUUGGUGUUGGAUUGGUUCUUAUAUCAUGGUCUCUGCUUAUUAAUCAUUCAGUUUUCA